AGCUGGACCUUAUGAUUUGAGUAAGGCCGGCCACGUUGCUGCAUGCCCUAUAUAAUGCUCGCUAUUGCUCCUAUACUUUUACCAAAGAGCAAGAAACGAUGCGUCCAUUCAGGGGACCAAACUUUAGUCUCAUCCUUUUCUUUCUCAUCCUUCAUAUCUUCCUCCUCCUUCCGGCUAAUGGAGUCCAUCCGCUAGACCCCCUCACGCCAUCUGAGCUCAAUCAAGUCCGAACCCUAAUCACGAAAUCACACCAAGAUGUGACCUUCCACUAUGUGGGCUUGGAUGAGCCAGACAAACCCAAGGUCCUGUCAUGGCUGUCACGAAAUCAACCUCCAAACUUCUUUCAUCACCGUAUAGCAUUUGCCAUUGUACGUACCAACUCUCAAACUCAUGAAAUAAAGAUCGAUUUAUCUAGCAAUUUGAUUUUAUCGGACAAAGUGUAUGACGGCGAUGGCUACCCCAUGCUCAACAACGAGGAGCAGACGGCUGCCGGUGAGUUGCCACUUAAAUAUCCACCCUUCAUCGCCUCCAUCAAGAAAAGAGGCCUUAAUCUGAGUGAAGUGUUGUGUGAGGUCUUCACCAUUGGAUGGUAUGGGGAGAAAAACACCAAGAGGGCGGUCGCAGUUAUGUGCUAUUACGUUGAUGGCACUGUCAAUUUCUACAUGAGGCCUAUAGAUGGUAUCAUGGCCACUGUUGAUCUUGAUAAGAUGAAGAUCAUUCAAUAUCGUGAUCGUUUGAUGAUUCCGGUGCCCAAAGCUGAUGACACUGACUACAGAGAGUCUAAACAAGAUACACACUUUGAUACUCGUAUCAAGAGUAUGACAAUAUCGCAACCAAAUGGACCAAGUUUCACCAUAGAUGGAAAUAAUGUGAGGUGGGCUAAUUGGAAAUUCCAUCUGGCUUUCGACAUGAGAGUCGGCCCCAUAAUCUCGUUAGCGUCAAUCUAUGAUCAUGACAUGCAUAAGUACCGAAAAGUAAUGUACAGAGGGUAUAUAUCAGAACUGUUUGUGCCGUACCAAGACCUAAGUGAGGAGUGGUACUUUAGAACUUUCCUUGAUGCCGGUGAAUUUGGGUUUGGCAUAUGUGCAGUGCCACUCCAACCAUCCACAGAUUGUCCACCAAAUGCAGUUUUUAUGGAUGGGUAUUACACUACACGGGACGGAACUCCUGCCAAAACAUCUAACGUCUUCUGCGUAUUCGAACGCUAUGCCGGAGAUAUAAUGUGGCGCCAUAGUGAGACCAUACUUCCUGGUGACACCGUGGAAGUUCGACCAGAUGUGACCCUUGUUAUAAGGAUGGUAUCCACCGUGGCCAACUAUGACUACAUAAUUGACUGGGAAUUCAAGCAAAGUGGCAGCAUAAAAGUUACAACUAGUUUAUCAGGAAUGCUUGCAGUUAAGGGAUCAGCCUACACGCAUAAGGACCAAAUACAAGAGGAGCCAUACGGUACAAUAGUGGCUGAGAAUACAAUCGGGACGCGUCACAGUCACUUCCUCAGUUUCCAUCUUGAUCUAGACAUCGACGGUGAUGCCAAUUCGUUGGUGAAAGCUCACUUGCAAACCGUUCGUCUGACGAAUGGAAGCUCACCAAGGAAGAGCUACUGGAAGGUUGUUGAGGAAGUGGCUAAGACCGAGUCGGAUGCCAAAAUUCGACUUGGCACGGGGGCGACUGAGAUCAUAGUUGUGAACCCUAAUAAGAAAACCAAGGUGGGGAACAACAUCGGCUACCGUUUGAUCCCAGGGUCCUUGGCAGGCCCCCUAUUAUGGGAAGAUGAUCAUGAGCAGAUCCGUGGUGCAUUCAGUAACUACAAUGUGUGGGUUACACCGUAUAAUAAAUCUGAGAAAUGGGCAGCAGGGGUCUAUAUUGAUCAGGCUCCUGGAGAUGAUACCUUAGCUAAAUGGACCCUCAGGAAUAGGGACAUCGAGAACAAGGAUAUUGUGUUGUGGUACACAUUAGGGUUCCAUCAUGCUCCCCAGCAAGAAGACUAUCCAAUCAUGCCUACUCUGAGUGGUGGGUUUGAGCUGAGGCCCGCCAAUUUCUUUGAUCGGAAUCCAGUGCUCAAAGUUAAAACACCCAAACCGGUGAAAUGGGUUAAUUGUUCUGCAUAAUUAUGAACUAAGAUCUGUACGUCGAUUAUGCAUUGUCAUCUUGAAUAAAAGGUUUCCUGCAGUAUUAUCAUUUAGAAGU